CCAAGCAUUUCGCUACCACCAUGUAUCCAGAUUGGCCCAAGCCUGAUACUGAUCUAGUACCACUACCUCGGUGGUAUGGCCCUAAGCUAGAGCCGUUCAAAUUUCAGGGAUCGCAGGAAAUUGAAUUUCUUGAACUUAUCGGUAGCGGCUUGCAUUCGAGUGUCUUCAAAGUCAGAAUUGAGGGAAAAAUAUACGCAUUAAAAAUGUUUAGAUUUGCGGAUACGUUUGACUGGAAACGUCGUCCCCCCGAAGAUUGUAACCAACAAGUAUGGAAUCAUUGGCAAUAUUGUUCGGAACCCUUCAAUUGCGAGUGCCGUGCCUACGGUCGGCUUCGGGAAGCUGGUUAUGAAGACCUAGUAACGAAGUGUUAUGGUUACGUGCUUCUUAACGAAGAACAGGAGCAUGCCGCAAAGAAGUUCUUUUGUGGCCUCGACGACCUUGCCGAUCUCGACGAUAUCAACAAUAGGUUGGAAAUUGAGUAUCCCGGUGAUGAUUGGGUUGAACCCCGCAAGCGUUUUUUGUUAAAGGAUGGCAGGGAGGCACCCGUGCGAUGUAUUAUCAAGGAGUUUGGCCAAGGUACAAAGUUGACCACACGCCUUGCAAGAAAGCUCCUCAAGGAUAUCAUCAAGUUGCAGCAACUCGGAAUUAUUGACUUGGACUUGGCAGACCGACAGAUUAUCAACGGCAAAAUUUCCGAUUUUAGCUGCGCAGUUACUUUACCACAUUUUCCCCUAAGUCUUGCCGAUUUGGGUCCUGGCCCGAGAGGGAAGGAUAACCUAGAGUUAGAAAUCUUCUGUACUUGCAUUUCGGACUACUGGGACUUCGACCAGAUGAUAUGCGAGUGGAAUUUGGAUAACAAGGACAAUAUAAAAGUCCGUGCGAUCCCUCGUGAGUCUCGGUAUGAUUUGAGAAGGCAACCGACUAGGCGUUUUUACACAUUAGUCGACCCAAGGAAAUGUGCGUCCUUUGAUAUAAAACCGGGAGGAUAUGUGCCCUUGGACCCAAGGAAACUAGGAAGAGGGGCCCCGAAGAAGCUCAGACCGACUAGGUGGUAUUAUGAUUGUGAUAGUGCGAAAGAAAAAUACAUCCGCAGAAGGAGGGGUCAUCGAGGACAGGUGUGUUAGUUUUUGGUCAUUUCUAACCUGUCAUAUACUGUCUACCUCAUAUAAUAAAUUAUGG